CGAGAAGAAUCCACGAUGGUGUGCAUUCGCAAGGCAACCAUGGACGACCUUUUGGCGAUGCAAGCGUGCAACCUACUUUGCCUUCCCGAGAAUUACCAGAUGAAAUACUAUUUGUACCACAUCCUCUCCUGGCCUCAGCUCCUUUACGUCGCCGAAGACUACAACGGCCGCAUCGCCGGCUACGUCCUCGCCAAGAUGGAUGAAGAAAGCAACGAGUGCCACGGCCACAUCACCUCCCUUUCCGUCCUCCGCACCCACCGCAAACUCGGCCUCGCCACUAAGCACAUGAGCGCCGCCCAAGCUGCCAUGGAACAGGUUUUUGGAGCAGAGUAUGUUUCUUUACAUGUGAGGAAGAGUAACAGGGCAGCGUUUAAUCUGUACACCCAGACGUUGGGAUAUAAGAUUCAUGAUGUUGAGGCCAAAUACUAUGCUGAUGGGGAGGAUGCAUAUGACAUGCGGAAGCAAUUGAAGGCAAAGCAGAGUCAUCAACACAGUCACCACCACCACCAUCACCAUGGUGGUGGAUGUUGUUCGGGUGAGGCAAGAAGCACCCAAGUUACUCAAACAAGAGGGGACUCAAAAAUGGAGACGAAAACUAGCACAAAAUCCAAUUCGAAAGCAGGAUGAUUACACAGGUAAACACGAGUGUUCGGGUGUUCCUUUUGUUGGAUAGAUUAAGAGUUCUAUUUAUCCAAGUAAGCAAAGUGUUCUUCAAAGAAAACUAAACUGAUAUGUAUCAAACCAAUAAGAGAAUGCUAGAUGGU